AUGGAUGCAUUAGUACUAAAGACGGAUGCCAGACAUCGUCUUCUCACGCGAUACCGCAGGACGCGGAACAGUAAGGAUAUUGACCAAUCCAUAAACCACUUUGAACGCGCCUCGGAUCUCUGCCCCAUGGACCAUCCCUACCGCCCUGCAGCACUGCUCAAUCUAGCUACUGCAAAGUUUUUCAGUUGCCAAGCUGGCGGAAGACACCUCGACCUCGACAUCCCUAUCAAUCUGUUUCAAGAUGCCCUUGAUUUGCGUCCCACUGAUCAUCCGGACCGAACCAUCACCCAGCUCCAUCUUGCCAUUGCUCUGCAAUCUCGCUUCGCAAAACGGGGAUUUCAAACGGAUGCUGAUGCAGCUAGAGAGUUAGUGAGUAAAGUCCUUGAUGUCUGCCACGCCAACAGGCAAUUGCUGGGCAAUCUGGGUGUAAUGCUGCACACUCGCUUCGAUUGUCGAGGCAAUGAGGAAGACUUGAACCAGGCUAUAGCACUUCAGAUGGAAUGGCUGGCUUUGCACCCAGUCGGUCACAAAGAUCGGUCCAAGUCAUUAAAUAAUCUUGCCGCUCAACUCUCCUCCCGCUUUAAGCACCGAGGCAAUGACGAAGACUUGGAUCAGGCUAUCGCACUUCACAGGGAAGCGCUGGCUUUGCACCCAGUCAGUCACACAGAUCGGUCCUCAUCAUUAAAUAACCUCGCUAUUCGACUCUCCUCCCACUUUGAGCAUCGAGGCAAUGGCGAAGACUUGGAUCAGGCUAUCGCACUUCACAGGGAAGCGCUGGCUUUGCACCCAGUCGGUCACGCAGAUCGGUCCAUGUCAUUAACUAACCUUGCAACUCAACCCUCCGCCCGCUUUUGCCACCAAGGCAACAAUGAAGAGGCUAUUGCACUUCACACGGAAGCGCUGGCUUUGCGCCUGGUCGGUCAUACAGAUCAGCCAUCGUCACUCGCGACUUGA